AUGAUAUAAAGAUAACGCUUAGGCGAGUAGGACCAGAGUUGCACGAGUCAAGCAACUGGCGAUGUAAACAUGGAAGAGGGUGUUAGUGCUUUCCGUUAGCAGUUUCCGGGUGGAUGUGCCAGAACAUCUCGUCAGCGAACACCACAACAACAUAUCGAAAAAGACCGAAUACACAAUCUAUGUGGAACGUUGCCAAGAAGUUUAAUUCAAGUCAUUCAACAUGAGCGCUAUGACAACUAUGACCUGCCAGUAUGAGUGACAAGUAUGAUGAAGAUCUGUACGAGAAUCCUUUCUUCAACGCCCUCCAACGCCAGUUCCCAGACAUCCUCAACAAAGCAGCUGCGGAUGAUUGGCUGGUGUGCAUCCCCCAGUUCAAGAGUGUGCCGAAGCAGCCAGUGAACCCGGCCGAUGUCGAGGACCAUGUCCUGGUCCCCCGAGGCGGGGCGGAGGAGGCUGAAGAUGCGCGCCUGCUGUACCAGUCCUUGUCCUCUAAGGACUGUGAGAUUGUGAAGGGCAAGAUAGUCACAAAGCAAGGAUAUGAAGUUUCACAGGAGGUGGUGAUUCUGUUCGAGGAGACGUUUCACACAGACAAUGAUGAGAGCUACAGGGUGGUGUGUGUUGACAGAUAUCUCAACAGAAAAACAGAUGCAGCUCCUCCAGAAGACGGCAGCACCAUCAAGCGACCUACGUCGUACGAGCAGUGCAUUGACCUUCUGUGGAACCAUACUGGAGGCUGGAAGGCAAGAGACAAUAUUGACAAGAUGCUCAGCACCUUCUCCAUGGCCUUUGACCAACUGGAAGGUCAAGGUCUCCGCAGCAUCAUGGAUGCAGCAAAUGCACAGUUCACCAAGGUCAUGCAGUAUGUGCUGAAGGAUUCUGUAUUGAAAAGAACAGCCCGCCAUAAUACUCACUAUAUGGAAAACAUAAAAAUUGCAGUUGAGACAUACUACAUGCAUGCAGUGUUUAGGAAAUUGUUCCGUGUAGUGACUGCAUGCAUGGGUUCGGAGGAUGCAGAUGUCAACAAACUGACCCGCAACCUGACCGAACUGACCCUGCAGGACCUUGGCAUCAAGAAGGUUUUCAGUAAGAAUGUGUCCUUGGCGAAGGUUGAACUGUCUCGGUUGAACAACUUCACGACUCCUGUGGGCCGACUGUUCUGUGUGAAGAGAGUGGUGGCUGCUCUCACCAAGCCAAGGAAGGGAUCAGGACCCACAGGUCCUGAAGACAUGAUGACAACAGAUGACUUUCUUCCAAUUUUGAUAUACCUCAUUGUGAAGUCUGAAAUACCAAAUUGGACAGCUAACCUUGCUUUCAUGACACACUUCCAUUUUGCAAAGUGUUCAGAAGAUGCUGAGUUUGGGUUCUACUUGGCCUCCAUCGAGGCAGCUCUGGAGCACAUCAAGAGUGGGAAGAUGAAGGAUGAGGUCUUCAGCAGGGACAUGAUCAAGGACCACAACUGGCAAGGAGUGAACGGUGUGACGGAUGACGGGAUACAGAGACAGUCAAGUGGCCCCAACCUGCCGGUUGUGGAUGAGUUCUUCCAGCAAGUACAGAACGGGGAUGAGGCUCUGGUGCAGGAGAUGCUCGAGCAGCCAAAGAAGGCAUCGGACGAGCUGGUCAGAAGACUGUGCCAUCCUUUGUGUUCCUGUGACAGGUGUGAGAAGAUCCAGGCUCAGAUCCGCUCCAACUCAAAUCUUGUCACUGCCUACACCAGGGAUACACGAGGAUACACAGCAUUGCACAUAGCAGCUUCAUGUGGCCAGGCCCAGCUGAUUGACGUGCUGGUGAAACACGGGGCUGUGGUGGAUGCUGCUGACUACCUGGGCCUCACACCACUACACUUGGCCUGCCAGAAGGGCUUCCAGAGUGCCAUGCUGUUGCUGCUUCACUUCCAUGCCAGCAUCACAGCCGUGGACAGCGACGGCAACACACCUCUACACCUCUGUGCCGCAAAUGGACAUGAUGAUUGUGUGAAGGCUCUCAUAUUUUUUGACAACAAUGCCAGAAGAAUCUGCAUCAACGCCUUGAAUGAUAUCGGAAACACUCCACUCCACCUCGCCUCCAAGUGGGGAUAUGAGACCAUCGUGAAGGUAUUGCUCGAGAAUAACGCGGACCCCAACAUCCGGAACCGUAAGAAGCAGACCCCCCUUAGCCUGACGCAGAACGUUAAUGUCCAGCGCCUGCUGACGCUGAGUGGGCGUGGCAUCAUGAUUCUUCCUACAAACAGUGAACCAAUAAUGCCGACGGUGAAGCCAUCUGUCAUCUCCCCGACAUCUCCCAUCAGCCCGACAGGGAUGUCCCGGGUGCAGCGUGUCAACAGCAUCAUCAGCACCACCAGCACCAGCAGCUCCGCAUCAGCUGACACCACCUUCAAGUUCGAGACCGCCACCCUUGAUGACAAUCUCAAUGAGAAAAUCAAGAAGAAGCUGGACAAACUCUUCAGGGCCAUCAUUGAUGGAGAUACACAACUAGUGAAGUUCUACCUUGGUUUUGACUCCCCGACGGAUGACUUUGAUGACUUUGAAGACAACAGUGAUGUAGUGGACAGUGCUGACCAGGCCGGUGACCUCUGCCACCCUCUCUGUCAGUGCUCCAAGUGUCGCAACAACUUCAAAAGUAGCCCCCGGUCAUCCAGCGAGUUGUCUGUGAACACGCAGUCCAGCAAUGGCUAUUCUCCCCUCCACAUGGCCGUGCUGCACCAACAAACUGACCUGAUCAGCCUCUUCCUGCUGCGGGGGGCGGUGGUCAACGUGCACAACCAGAAGCUCACCACCUCCGUCCACAUGGCCAUCUGUGUGCAGAGUGAGAAGAUCCUGAAGACCUUGCUGGACGCAGGUGGGGCAGUGGGUGUACAAGACAUCAACGGGGACACCCCACUUCACAUCAGCUGUGCAAAGGGCUUUGCUGCAGGUGUUAACUUGCUUCUCCAGCAUCGGGCCAGUGUUAUGACCCAGAACAGGAGAGGUAACACCCCACUACAUUUAGCAACGGAACGAAACCAUCCAGGUAUUGUACAGAUUCUUAUCAACCAUGGUGCUGACGUGAGAGUGAAAAAUAUACACGGGAUGAUACCUACAGAUCUCACACAGAACUCUGCAAUGAAGCGUCUCCUGGAGAGUCAGAGGCCUAAGUCACAGUCAGAACCCAGCAGUUCUGGUAAUGGUGGGGCUGCUGCAUGCAAGGGUCCAGGCAACCCAAAGCGUCAAGUUGGCAUCCAAGACCUGUUUGCAGCAUUUGAGGAGUCAGACCUUCACACCUUGAAAAAUCUUACAUCAGCCAUCCAGUCCUUUGACGGGCGUCACAGCUUGAGGAGGACAAGCACUCGGGACCUCAGUGCACCCCGUCUAGAUGCAGCUCUAGCCAGGAAUCUAUCCAUCCGAAGCUUUGAUCACAAUCGACUCCGACACACAGACUCGGUGGACAAGUGUGAGCCCCUGUACAUCUAUAAGCUGGCCAUGCAGGGGCAGCAGGUCAGCGGCGUGUCGGCAGAGGACGUUGUGCAUGGGCAAGUGAUACCCUCGGACAGUGAUUCGGAUGACGAUUUGUUCAGAAAGACCAAACCUGUAGAGGCUCCACAGAAAGUGUUGUCGGAAUCAGAAAUGACGGAUCUCAUUGAUGUUGAACUGUGAUAACAUUCCAUGAUCAAAUAGGGGUGUUAUGUUCGAUAAUUCGAAAUCAUCAAAGUCAGAUCUUUCACUCUGAUGUGAUCUCUCUAUGUGUAAAGGCCUGACAACCCAUCCGUAGAAAGUCGUGCCAGUGAAACUUAAGCAAACUCUGAUCACCCCAUCUAAAUGAAGGAUGCUUUGGUUCUUGAGCCAAUCAGUCGUCUGCACUAUGAGAUGAUUUGACUUUAUUUUGUUAUCUCGAUUUGGAAAAUUCGAUUUUAACAAAAGCAAAUCUCCUUACACUACAAAUAUACCUUCAAUGGUGCUACCUUUCUUGUGUGGAGUCAUGGUGCUCAGAAACAACAGGGUGUAUAAAAUAUCAACAACCAUUACGAUGGUGAUGCCUUUAUUAUUAACAUUCGAGACUGGUCAUGUAAGUUUGUUUUCAGGAUACAGAAAAACAGAUAUGUUGCUGUGAAUGCUUUGAUCACUGGUACCAAAAAUUGUGAAACCUCUAUGCUGAGUGCCUGAUUAGAAAGUCGACCUGACGCGACCUUCAAUGAUCUGAAUGAGAGCCGAUGUAAUUGAGUAUAUAAAAAAUCACACCGCUUUGAACUGUGUGGAUUCCAGAACCUAGAAAGCCUGGUGGUCCUGAGACUUGAGUGAAAUGUGGAUGUGAUGAUCACAAUGACUGGUGGCAGAAGUUGAACUUAGUUGGUGACCAUCAGGGGAGAGAACUCUGUCACUUGGUGAAUGGAACCUGGUCCAGAAUCGAUUAUUUACAGACCGCCGUCAUA